CCUUAUUACGUAUAAAAUAUAUUUUUAUUUUUUUUAAAUCGUUGCAAAAUACAGUUUCUUAAUACGAAUAUGAAUACAUACAAAACAAAAGGGGGUAAAACAGUAAAUAUAGACCUACAUCAGUAAUUUUGUUUUCUUUCUUUUGUUUCAUCAUCUAUGUUCUACAAUUUCUCAGCACGCGCGUAGCGCGUCCACUUUAGCGCUAAAUACGCUUGCGCAUGUCACGAUAUUUUUCUCUUUCAUUUUUAGUGGAGGUGGGUGAGUAUUGUACUUGUGCUUUGCCACUGUCACUCGCUCAAUCUGAAUCGCUCUUUCUCCUUUUCUUUUCUGAUGGAUUCUCUUGCUCUCUUCUGUACUGGGGCUCUUCUAAUCUGCGGUCUUUACUGGUUCGUCUGCCUUUUAGGCCCAGCCGAGCAAAAGGGAAAGCGAGCCGUCCAUCUCUCUGGUGGUUCCAUCUCCGCUGAAAAAGUACAAGACAACUACAAGCAAUAUUGGUCUUUCUUCCGCCGCCCAAAGGAGAUCGAAACUGCCGACAAAGUCCCAGACUUUGUCGAUACUUUUUACAACCUAGUCACCGAUAUUUACGAAUGGGGGUGGGGCCAAUCCUUCCACUUCUCUCCUUCCAUCCCAGGGAAAUCCCACCGGGACGCAACGCGCCUCCACGAAGAGAUGGCCGUUGAUCUCAUUGAAGUCAAGCCCGGAGAUCGAAUCCUUGACGUCGGGUGUGGCGUUGGUGGACCCAUGCGUGCCAUCGCGGCUCACUCGCGAGCCAAAGUCGUGGGCAUCACGAUCAACGAGUACCAAGUGAACCGUGCCCGGCUUCACAACAAGAAAGCUGGGCUAGAUUCGCUUUGCGAAGUUGUUUGCGGGAACUUCCUGGAGAUGCCAUUUCAAGAUAACAGCUUCGACGGCGCGUACUCGAUAGAGGCAACAUGCCACGCGCCGAAACUGGAACAGGUUUACGCCGAGGUUUUCCGAGUGCUGAAACCCGGAUCUCUCUACGUGUCUUACGAGUGGGUCACAACUGACAAAUACAGAGCAGAUAACCCUGAACACGUGGAGGUCAUUCAAGGUAUUGAAAGAGGUGAUGCUUUGCCUGGACUGAGGAGCUACUUGGACAUUGCGGAGACUGCUAAAAAGGUAGGCUUCGAGGUUGUCAAGGAGAAGGAUCUAGCCAAGCCACCGGCUCUACCCUGGUGGACGAGGCUUAAGAUGGGGAGAAUCGCCUACUGGAGGAACCACCUUCUCGUCACUGUGCUGGCUGCCAUAGGGAUAGCUCCUAAAGGAACCGUUGAUGUUCACGAGAUGCUGUUCAAGACCGCUGAUUAUUUGACCAGAGGUGGGGAUUCAGGAAUUUUUUCUCCGAUGCACAUGAUUCUCCUCAGAAAACCCGAGGUCCAUCCUUCAAAAUCUUAGCCAUUUUGUUGAGGUAACUUGUUGCAGGAUUUUGUUCCUCCUCUUGUUACUUUAGCCUCUUUUUUUUUUCUAAUUUAAUUUCCUAGGUUUAUUUUUUUCCUACUUUAAUUAAUGGAGAUCAUGUAUUUCCUUUUUUUUUAGUUUUAUUUAAAUUCCAGUUGUUGAUCUUGGUUUUUAAUUUAUAAAAUGUUGGUGACAAGGAAAGGAACGAAACGAGUUAAUUUUUUGUUGAAUUCAAGUGGAUGUUUGUGA